UGUUUAAUACACAAACAAGGAAGUGUCAUUAUGGCUCUCAAAACAUCUCAAACAAGAGCGUUCAUGAUUUGAUCAUGCGCGUUUCAAUAUUAUUAUUAUUAGAAGAAAUUUUGACAUAACAUUAUUAUAUGCAUAAGGUAGCUCUAGCAGUAUUUACAUCCAAAAAGAAACGUUUGAACCAGAACUUGAGAUUGUCCACAGUCAGCUAGCCAGUCAAACAUAAAGAAGUCUACAGCUGCCUGGCUUUUGCCCUCGUACAAAUACAAAACAAAUAUAUAAUAUUAGUUAAAAAAUAAACAACAUCAUGCGGAGGGGAGUAGGUGCGGGUGCUAUUGCAAAGAAGAAACUUGCCGAGGCAAGGUACAAAGAGAGAGGGAAUGUUUUGGCUGAGGAUCAAAUUGUGCAGAUGUCAAAGCAGCUGGAGACAUUCAAGUCCAACUUGGAGGAAUUUGCCAGCAAGCACAAACAAGAGAUACGAAAGAGUUCACAGUUUCGGGUCCAGUUUCAGGAGAUGUGUGCUACCAUUGGGGUAGACCCUCUUGCCUCUGGCAAAGGCUUUUGGUCAGAGAUGCUUGGUGUGGGGGAUUUCUACUACGAACUUGGAGUUCAGAUUAUCGAAGUAUGCCUUGCCCUCAAGCACAGAAAUGGAGGACUCAUAACCCUAGAUGAACUCCAUCAAAGAGUAUUGAAAGGAAGGGGGAAAUACGCUCAGGAUGUCAGUCAAGAUGACUUAGUGCGAGCCAUAAAGAAGCUGAAAGCCAUGGGAAAUGGCUUUGGCAUGAUUCCUGUUGGAGGCUCCUACCUAGUGCAGUCAGUCCCAGCAGAACUCAACAUGGAUCACACUGUAGUCUUACAGCUGGCUGAGAAGAAGGGCUAUGUUACAAUAGGUGAAAUCAAGGACAAUCUAAAGUGGGAACGAGAACGAGCUUGUCACGUGCUGGAACACCUGUUGAAAGAGGGCUUGGCAUGGUUGGAUUCACAAGCUGCGGGGGAACCUCAGUAUUGGCUCCCUGCUCUGUUCUCUGAGCUGACUUCCCGUGAUGUCACACCGGAGGAGGCCAAUCAGAUGACGCCUUAAGAGAGAUGUGGUUGGGAUUUAUUUUAAAGAAUGUGUGCCUGUCCGGAAUACACUGCAUUGCAAAAGGGUGCGUUUAUUGCAAGUACUUUUCCAGGUCACUGUGGAUUACAGAUACAACAUGUUGUUUCAGUGUGUUAUGUUUCUGCAUCAAUUGAUUAUCAUGGGUUUCACUUUCAUGUUAUAUCAUUAAAUCACCUUAUCUGUAUUUUAAAAAACA